CUGGUUUUGUUUCAACCCGUUACAUAGCAAAUCAAGGCCAUCUUCAGACGACUUCAUAGGGUCCAGGUGUUUGACAAAUGGUAGCUCGCUGUAGUUGGCUGCAUUUUUGAAUAUCAUUCAAUCGAACAUCUUUGGAGAUGGUUCUAGGGGGCGAUCUCGAGGAAGCUCUUUCGGUAUUUGGAGAAUUACGAAAAGGCCCCAAAGCCGAAUACUAUUUUAAAUGGUCUGUUCUCAGCUUCGGUUGCUGUUUAACAAUCCAUCACAUCAUCAGCCCUUGGAUAUUCACACGAUAUAAUAAGUUGUAUCGAAAUCUACCUCGGCCCCAUAGGAUGGAAUGGGAUUCACGUGUAGUAUCGUCAAUACACGCGACUAUUGUUAGCAUUCUGUGUGUUACAGCGCUAGUUACCAAUGCUGAUCUGUGGUAUAAUCCAGCUAUAAGUGUAGCUCAUUCUGGUCUUAUGGCACUAUCGAUUUCCAUUGGUUACUUUUUAUGUGAUGCUAUUUCUAUGCCAUUCUAUUGGCGAAAUAACCAGUUAAUCAUAUUUCUUCUGCAUCAUGCGGCCGCAUGUUUAGCAUUUUUCUAUGUUGUGCGAUAUCGAACCUGCGUAUUUUUUGGUGUUUAUCGACUUACAACCGAGCUAUCUACACCUUUCGUCAACCAAAGGUGGUUCUAUCGUACUAUUGGUUACAAACCUGAUCGCCGAAGAGUCGCAUGCGUAACUUUGAUAUUUGCGAUUUUUUUUAUCAUAACACGUAAUCUAAUGAUUCUACCAUUUUGGUUUAUAGCCUAUAUAUCUUACGGAUCUGAUGUUCAAAAAAUUUGUGCUAGAUCUUUUCCACUUAUUGUUCCUAUUUUCGUAUGUAGUUGCGGAUUACUUGAUUGUUUAAAUAUCCAUUGGGCUUUUCGUACUUGUCGUCUUGGCUAUAAAGCUGCUAAACUAUUAUGGACUGCAGAUUGGCAAAGUGAUAUUUGUAAAGCUCGAGCACAUUUACACAAACGUUUACGUAAUCUCCAACAACGUGUUGCCUUUAAAGCUAAAAAUAAUACGAGUUUAAAACCAACAUUGAUAGAAAACCAUCAUAGUAAUACUUCAUUGAGUGAACAAAUCAGCAGUGGACUAUCCUCAUCGAAUUAUUCUACUUCCGAUAGUGAACUGGAGUCUGUUUAUUCAGAUUUAGAUUUUAAAGUAACUCCUGAAAAUGAUAAAGAUUUGACUAUAUCUAAUUCUAUUUAUCCAAAUUCAUCACAAAAUCUCAUUGAUGAUGAUAUUAAAUUAGUUCAUCGAUCGUGAAAAAAUAAUAGGUUCUAAAUUCCUUAAUUUGAUUUUAUGUAUAAACUAUUUGUCAGUUUUACUGUUUUGCAAACAAGAUCCUGCCAGUUAUUGCAUCACAUAAAAAAAAGAAAGUAAAUUUCUUCAAUAAUUAUUCUGUAUAGUUCGUAUAGAUUAUUUUUAGAUCAACAUGGAAAGUAUCAUUUUUUGUUGUUGUGUAAAAAAAGAACUCAUUUUAUUCUUUCUAUUUACCUUCAAAGUUGUUAUAAUUUAUAUUAUUUUUUUAAAGAAAAGAUAAGUUAAAUAUAGUCGAUCAUUUAUACUAGUUCUUGUUAAAUAAUUAUCAUAACUUAAUUAUAUAUAAAUUGCUUUCUCGGCUUUUGUUUACUUUCCCCUCAUGAGUAAAGAAAUCACAAAUGUAUUAAACGCUUUCCUUUCCCUUUUCAAGAAAAAAAACAUCUCGUUAAAAAAAAUUAGUCUGCGUCAACCUCGAGUUUUAUAAAUAGAAAAUCAAGAAGUUGAACGCACUAACCACUUUACUUUUGAUGGUUUUCUUAGUUUUGAGUGGUCGGUAAUUGAAUAAACCUUGAUACAUACGAAGAUUGAUUCAGCUUUUGUUCAUUCCUGUCACCUGUUGAGCAAAUGAUAUGUUCGUUUGCUCAUCAGAAAGGUAGUGUAUAGCAUAGAAGUCUUUUCUGUAUCGAUAUAGUCGUGAAAAAUUACCUAUUAAACAAGAAGAAAUGUGUUGUCUAUCUGUGCUUGACGGCAAAACACUUUAGAUCGCUUUUUGUAUAUGGUGGAGCUGCCGAGUAAGUAAUGAGAAGAUUACGUAAUAGAAAUGAUAAACUAAUUGAUAACCUUGUGAAUCUUUAUUGAUUGGUUGGUUAAGGUUAAAUGUCUAACUGCGUUAUUUCAAUGUGCAGUGGUACUAAUAUAAACGUUGAUCACACGUAAAUGCGACAUUAAUCUGUAUGUUUAUUGAUCGUUAAAUUAAGCUGCAUCGAUAAAUACCUAGUUCCUUGUUCGAAUUCAUAAAACGAUCUCCAACCAUGGUUUGAUAUAGUAAAUGCAUUGACUGAAAAUUGUUUUUAGUUACAUAUAUUUGCUUAUUCUCUAUAUUUUCUCC